AGUCAAGACCUUUGCCUUCACUUUCAUAUUAGGAAAGAUGACAAUAGUGCCGGCAGCAGUGCUUACUACUGCGAAUUUGAGGUGUGCGCCAUCCGGGUUACUCUGAAUCUCUUUUUGACUUUCUAUAAUGUCGAGUCGCCGGCGACAUCACAACGGAACGCACAUCAUCAGUAGAAGAUGAUGGUGAAAGUUAUUUGUAAAACAUUCUCAUUCUCGCCGGGUAAAGCGAUGCCUAGGCUACUGACGGAGAACCAUGAUUUUCAGAGGAUAUUUUUUGGAUAGUCUACUUUGCGAGAGCAAGAUUGUGUGAAUGUCUGUCAAAGCAUGGAGUCGCUUUGGCGCGCUAAAGCAUCGUGGAUAAGAUGAUUGUCAGUUAUUUCACGUAGCGAAGUGAACACCAAACAAGACUAACAGCUACGGUGAACAAAAAUCCAAAUUUGUAGCGGACUUCAGAAAGACCCACUGGUUGCUGGGAUGAAACCCUCGCCGGGUAACGGGGUGAGCCUCCAGACUCCUCGAGAAGAAUUGGUGUCCAACGGAGGCUGCGGGAUGUCAGACACCGUGACAGCUAUCCAAACCGACACUGGUCCCGGAUCCCUCAUGACUGACAAGCAGGGAGCAGGAGGAGAUACAGACGCCAAAGGAAUCCCUCGGCGGAGCAGUAUUAUCAAGGAUGGUUCUCGUGCUGGUCGUGAGAGGAAGAAGACGGUCUCCUUCAGCAGCAGUCUCUCUGAGAGGAAGAUCAGCAGCGCUGCAGACUGCAUCAGCGCUAUGGUGAGGGGUACUGAGCUGCGGAAGGUGCGCUCCAACUCCCGGGUCUACCAACGCUACUACUUGCUGGAGUCAGGUCUGCAGGCCCUGCGAUGGGAGCCCUCCAAGAAGGAGUCAGACAAGGCCCGCAUCGCCGUCCCCUCCAUCAGAGAGGUCCGCACCGGCCGCAACACAGAGACCUUUAGGACCAACGGCGUCUAUGACCAGAUCUCUGAGGACUGUGCCUUCUCUGUCAUCUACGGAGAGACCUAUGAAGCUCUGGACCUGGUGGCUAACUCUGCAGAGGUGGCCAACGUCUGGGUCACUGGCCUGAGGUAUCUGAUUCUGUAUGGGAAGCAUGCCAUGGACAUGAUAGCCAGCAGUGAGGACAGCCUUCGUCUCGCCUGGCUAGCAGAGACAUUCUCCUCUAUGGUUGUUUCAGAUGGACAGGGUGGAGGAGAGGAGGAGGGGAUCAGUUUGCAGUCGGCUGUAGGACUUAUCAGGAGUGUUAACCCUGGGGUGAGGAGUGGGAAAGUAGAAGGCAGGUUUAAGGAGCUCCAUCGAAUCAAAGAGAAGACGAGUGGGGCUGGGACAACUGGAGUUGGAACUGAUGUUGGGGCUGUGGCUGGACCUGAAGCAAUGGUUGGGGCUUCAGUUGUAGCUGGAGCUGGGACUGGGGAUGGGGAUGGAACUGAGGUGGUGGGUAAAGGAGAUGGGGCUGGGACUAGAACUGAGGUGGUCUGUAAAGGCAACAAAGACAACAGAAGAGGAGAAAUAGAGGACAGGGUGACCAAGGAGGAGUUUGUUGAGGUAUUUCACAACAUUUGCACCCGACCGGAGAUCUACUUCCUGCUGGUGCAGUUCUCUAGCAACAAGGAGUUCUUGGAUACCAAGGAUCUGAUGAAGUUCCUGGAGGCUGAGCAGGGUGUGGCUCAGGUGACUGAAGACACCAGUCUGGAGCUCAUCCAAUCCCACGAGCCGUCAGAGGAGGGCCGUCGCCAGGGCUGGCUUUCAUUGGAUGGUUUCACCAGCUAUCUCACCUCCCUGGAGUGCCACCUGUUUGACCCGGAGCACAGCCAGGUGUGCCAGGACAUGAGCCAGCCCUUAUCCCACUACUACAUCAACUCCUCCCACAACACCUACCUCAUCGAGGACCAGUUCAGGGGGCCCACUGACAUCACCGGCUACAUUCGGGCUUUAAAGAUGGGCUGCAGGUGUGUGGAGGUGGACGUGUGGGACGGCCCUGAUGACGAACCCGUAGUUUAUACUGGUUACACCCUCACAUCGCCCAUCAUGUUCCGCUGUGUCCUGGACGUGAUCGGGCGCUUUGCGUUCGCAGCAUCAGAGUGUCCGCUAAUCCUGUGCUUGGAGAACCACUGCUCCCCCUGCCAGCAGAGAGUCAUGCUCCAGCACCUGAGGAGGAUACUGGGGGAGAGGUUGUACACAGAGCCCCCCAGGGAAGGGGAGGGGUACCUGCCCUCGCCCCAUGCCCUGAGGGGCAAGAUCCUGCUGAAGGGGCAGAAGUUGGAGGAGGGGUGCGGGGAGACGGAGGGGGAAGACGAGGGAGCGGUGAUGUGCCAGAGGAUGAAGGCUGGUAACAGUGGAGGAGGAGGAGGGGAGGGGGGGCAGAAAGGGGGCGGGGGCGGGGAUGGUGGUACUAGUAGCGUGAAAACCCCCACCCCUCCUCCUCCCUCUAAACGCUUCCAGCUCCUGAAGGAGCUCUCGGACUUGGUGACUCUGUGCAAGUCGGUACGCUUCACAGACUUCCAGACGUCGUUCUCUACCCAGAAACCCUGGGAGCUCUGCUCGUUCAACGAGACCCUGGCUGUGCGCUGCGCCAGCGAGUGUCCGGGAGACUUUGUCAACUACAACAAGCGCUUCCUGUCGCGGGUCUACCCCAGCGCCAUGCGCAUCGACUCCAGCAACAUGAACCCACAGGACCUGUGGAAGUGCGGUUGCCAGAUUGUAGCUAUGAACUACCAGACGCCCGGGCUGAUGAUGGACCUAAACAUCGCCUGGUUCCGCCAGAACGGGAAUUGUGGGUACGUGCUGCGACCCGCCAUCAUGCGACAGGAGGUGUCGUAUUUCAGCGCCAAUACGAGAGACUCUGUGCCGGGUGUGUCCCCUCAGCUGCUCCAUGUUAAGGUGAUCAGUGGUCAGAACUUACCCCGUCCGAGUGGUUCUGGAGUAAAAGGAGACGUGGUGGACCCGUAUGUCUACGUGGAGAUCCACGGUAUCCCUGCCGACUGCGCUGAGCACCGCACCCGCACGGUGAUGGAGAACGGAGACAACCCCAUCUUCGACGAAAGCUUUGAGUUCCAGAUCAACCUGCCCGAGCUGGCCAUGGUGCGCUUCGUGGUGCUGGACGAUGAAUUCAUAGGGGACGAGUUCAUAGGUCAGUACACCAUUCCACUGGAGUGCCUACAGCCAGGCUACCGGCACGUACCGUUACAGUCUCUGACGGGAGAGGACCUCCCGUACGCCCGGCUGUUCGUCCAUGUGGCCCUCACCAACCGGAGAGGAGGGGGCAAGUCCCACAAGCGGGGGCUGUCUGUGCGGAAGGCGAGGCGAGGGAGGGACUACGCUGCACUCAGGGACCUGGGGGUCAAAGCCUUGGAUGAGGUUUUCAAAAUGGCGGCCCCGCCAUUGAAGGAAGCCACAGACCUGCGGGAGAAUAUGCAGAACUCGGUGGCGGUGUUCAGGGAACUGUGUGGGGUGUCAGCGGUGGCUAACCUCAUGCAGUGUGUGCUGGCCCUGGGGUCCCGAGUUGCGGGGGCCGACGGGGCCCCCCUGCUGCUGUUUGAGCUGAGGGAGAAGUACCCCUCCAUGGAUCCCCAGGGGCCCUUGCCAGACGUCCUACGCAGGGUGGUCUCCACUUACGAAACGAUGAUCCAGGCGAGCAGAGCAGUGAUUGAGCUGUCAGACGGAGUCUACGACAGGAUCCUACAGAUACAGACAACAGCCAUGGAGUUCCAUGAGAAGUUGCAGCCCAUGGCAGUGAAGGAGGGGCUUAAAGGUCGUAAGGUCACCAGAGCUGUGGAGAGUUUCAGCUGGAACAUCACCAUACUGAAGGGGCAGGCAGACCUGCUGAAACGGGCUAAGACGGAGGUGCAGGAGAACAUAAAGCAGGUCCACUACGCUGCCCUGACCUCUAACCUCAGUAAGGGCAGCCUGGACGCCCCUCCUUCACUGCCGGGUACAGCUCCGGCUAGAAGUUUCCCUUAGGCACAGACAGGUCUAGGAACAGCUUACCUGUCUCAAAUUAUAUAUUGAACCAUAAGGGGAAAUGUAAAAUCUGACCCUAGAUCAGUUUCUAAGGGCACCCUCAUCCUGUUCUGAGAUUGGCAGUUUGGAAGGGUGACAAGACGUUGACCAAGUUGCUACAUACAUUCUAUAGCAGGGUUCUUCAAUUCCAGUCCUGGACGGCCGAAACACCUCUGUUUUUCAUCCUCUCCUUCUA